GAUGCUGCGAAUGCAGUACAACACUCCCUACCUCAACAGAGACAUGGGGCAGGAGGUUGCAGACAUUGCGCCCGAGAGCCAGGAGGGCUCCGGAGCCUUGCCUCGGAUUUGCGACCUGUUCUUGCUUCUUUCAGUGGGAGCUGGCACAGUGCUGAG